AUGGAGGACGCUAUCAAUGUCGACGACCUCUUCGGUGAGGCCCAUUCCUUGGAUCUGGGGUUACCCCCGGCACCCGCCCCGCCCACCAAAGGGCUGGCCCAAUGUCUCGACGAGAUGCGCCUGCUGGGUUGUCGCCAAAAGGUGGCCUGGUCCCGGCUAGGAGGCAUAGCUUACAUCGCCUCCGAUGGAGUUCGAGUAUUUGUGCGGAACCUUCAAUCUCGUUCCUCAAAUGGAAAAUGGGUCUUGAGUGAUGAGUUUCCACUGGGACCAGUCACUGAAGCUCACGGUGGCAAUCAGCUGGUCCAUCUUUCCUGGAAUGAUGCCGGGUCGGAGCUGGCUGUGGUCGACUGCCUGGGGCGAGUAUCUAUAUAUUCGGUCUUUAUGGCCUUGAAUAAUAUUACAGGCCUGCGUCAGGCAACGUAUGACUCCAGUGAUGAUAGUAAUCAGAUUGUCGGUCUGAUGUGGCUCAACCCUGGUCGUCAGGUUCAUGCUUUCCAACAGGCAGCAAAAUUGAACAACAGAUGGGCAUAUUCACCAUUCCGAUGGCGCCCAACCCAUCCCUCUCAUCCUGCCGGGAAAAGUUCACUCAUUUCUGUCACCCGAGCAGGCCAGAUUAAACUGAUGUACCAAAAUAUGGAUGGCAAGUGGGCAGAAGUCCCUGCAGAACUAAAAAAUACCGGAUAUUCAGAUCGGUUAUUGACACAUGCAGCCAUGGUCGCCACACAAGGAACCAUUUUGCUGGCCACGUACUCUGUAUGCCAGAAGAUGUGCCUAUACCGAGUGGAAGUCUCUUGGAAUCCCAACAAAUGGGACCCCGCCGCGAUCAGAAGCCCUAAUAAAUGGCCGAUCCCUUCCCUCCGCCUCCUCCAUUACAAAAUUGAUAUGCCGAGCUGCAUCUUCAACGUCAACCCCGGUUCUGAAGAGCACUCAGAUCACCCAUUGCCAUUCCCAAACUCUGUCUACACAUUGACUCACCUCCAAGUCAUCCCAGGACAGGUUGAUAGUCCUACGGGCCCAACUACCACUAGUCCUUGGAUUCUGGGAGUCUUCUCCAAACCCCUCCAUGCCACUCCAGAACAUCCAGACCAGCAAGGCCCUCUCAGUGUGAUUGUUCGAUGGCAAUUAGAUUCGGCACAGCAGACAUUUCACCCCAAGUUCGACGAGGUUGCAUCAAAAAAGAUUAACGCACAGGCUAAGCCGAAAAUUGAGAUGCGUCGACUUGAAGACAUUCAUCUGCAUAAAUAUAUUAUCUCGGUGGACCUGAUGGAGCAUGUUACGGCUCCUGCCCUGGCACUCACUCAUGAUGAUAGUUCUGUUACCUUCUACGAGACAAAGACCAUGACCAUGUUCAAUGGAUUGGACGAUGCCAACACGGUCAACUGCUUGGCCCAGGCGGGAUUCCAAUACCCAAUGGAUACACCAGGACUUGCUAUCGCGUUCUCUCCAAACUCCUGCGCUGCAGUGGCACUAGACAGCGAAGGACAGCCUCGAUUGAGAUGGAUGGAACAUACGUUUGGAUCCAGUGGUGGUCUAUACGAUGAGAGUAAAUUCUCCGCCGCGAUUGCGGCAUUGACUCUGGCUUUCAGUCGAGGCUCUGGCAGUGAUGCCAACACUGACGACAUUCUGAUGAUCGUCCUGGGCCAGCUUUCUCCUGAAAACCAAUCCACAUUCCUCGGCGAAGUAUAUCGUGCAUUGUCGGUCAACUGCAACUUCACUGUCGAACAGGAAAAGCUUUUGACGCAUGCAUAUAUCCCGCGAGCAUUGAGCCUACAAGCGAGUCUGGGCUUCAAGGGAAGAAGCCAUCCCCGAAAUCUUUCCUCGGCUAUUUCUUGGGCUAUCCUGCAGCUCCGACAUUCUUCAGUGCUCUAUGCAGCCUAUUUCCAGAACAGCAAGAACGUGCCCGCCGAGGCACAUGAUUCAGGAAUUCUACAUGCCCUCCUCGGAAACACGAGAUGGGCUCUCGAUUUCUCCCAUUACAUCCUAAGCGAGAUCUUCGAUCUAGCAGACGAUUUCGAAAGUGUCCUACAUGACUCGGAAGCAUUCACUCAAAAGCUGAAAACAACAACAUCCCUCCCCCUCCUCAUCCUCCUCUCCAGCAUGUCCCGCGCCUUCAUGCGCUUCAUCUGCCGCGGCCUCCGCGGCGUCCGCAACGGCUUCGAACAACUAAACCCCGCCAUGCUCGAACCCGAAUCCCGCUUCUACUACAUCGACAUAUGCCAAGCCCUCGAAACCUCUCCGGUGCGAGUAGACAUCUACGAAAAAUUCCUCGCAGGCGUCGACUCCGCCGUCAAACACGCCUACCAAGGCUCCGGCUUCGGCGACGCCGAACGACCAAGUCCCGAGAAAGAACUCCUCGUUAACGCGCGUAUUCCGCCCGUGCUCAUUUCCGCUGUGGAAACACUGCUCAGUCAAACUGUGCCUUCGAUUCGAGCGGAGAUUAAUCGGAAGGAUAUCGUGCUUGGUGAUUAUACUUGGCUUGGGUUUGGGAAUGAUCCGCGGACGGCGGCGUAUCGGAAGAGGAAGGAUGUUGAUAUUUUGAUGAAAAUUCCGUUAAGGCCUGUGGCGCCUGGAGGGGAUGCUUCGGGUGGUAGUGGUGGUGGUGGUGCGCAAAUUUUGAGGAGACGGCGGUGUGUGCGUUGUUGUGAGGUUUCUGGGGAUGGAGGAAGGCCUAGGACAGGGCCUUGGACGAAGAUGAUGCAUCGGCUUAAUUUGUUGAGGGCUUGUGCUUGUGGUGGUGCGUGGGUUAUGGAGGUUCCUGAGCCUGGUGUUGAGGGUGGUCAGGGUAGGUAG